GACCAGGCUGGUACUGCGUUCGCCGCAACAUGCGGUCAGCAGAUGUACAGCAUUGUCACCUCCGAUCCCUAUGGUAACAUUCAGAGCGAGGAACAGAACAUCGGCUCGGAUACCACGGACUCCUGUGAACUUUACCUUUGUAAAGGAUACGUUUACGAUGAUAACACGGCCAAUGUCCAGUCGUACACCGCUGGUCAGACUGUAGACUUCACUAUUGACAUCCGCGCUCCUCAUACGGGCGUCGCCAACGUCUCGGUCGUGAACACCCAAACCAACGAAAUCAUCGGCGAUGUGCUCUGGACCGAUACCGAUGCUUACUCCACGUCUCACACCAUCGGUGCCAACGAGACAUCCUUCUCAGUCACUCUUCCCGACGUCGGAAGUAGCUGUACAGAGGCCGGUACCUGCGUGUUGCAGUGGUGGUGGGAUGCCAGAUCUAUUGACCAGACAUACAUGAGCUGCGUUGACUUCACAGUCGAUGGAUCUGGUUCGUCUUCCGGCUCAUCUUCUGCUGCUUCAUCGUCCGUUGCUGCCUCGACCUCCGCUGUCGCCUCU